CUCCCACUCCGCCAGCCUCUGGGAGAGGAGCCGCGCCCGGCCGGCCCGGCCCCCAGCCCCAUGGACCUCCGAGCAGGGGACUCGUGGGGGAUGUUAGCUUGCCUCUGCACGGUGCUGUGGCACCUCCCUGCAGUGCCAGCUCUUAAUCGAACAGGAGAUCCAGGCCCUGGCCCCUCCAUCCAGAAAACCUAUGACCUCACCCGCUACCUGGAGCAUCAACUCCGCAGCUUAGCUGGGACCUACGCCACGGCAACCAUGUCUCCCAGGUCAUCAGGCAUCUCCUCCUCACCAAACCCGACAGCAUUUUCUGCGGCUCACUCUCAUGUUCUGCAACUGCCCCACGGAGCUCUGCUGCCUCCCUGAGCUCUCCCCUGGCCUGCACUCUCAGAGGCCACCUUCUACCUCUCCAGCCUGGUCUCCUGGCUCCUCCGGCUCCUCUUCUUCUCUGCCCUGCCCUAUGGUGGGCAUUCUUCACCCAGACAAUCAGCACGUCCCUCCUGAGUGGCUCCUUCGUGGUUUUUCUCUUUCUACACCUCUCCAUAGGAGAACUCAUCACCCCACUGCUUCACCUGUCUUCUCCAUGCAAAUGACACUUGCUGGAAAAACUCGGGAGGUCUGUGACCAGAGGCCUCCCAUGUCAGGGGUCAAGAGCAAUAGAAGCUUUGGGAGGAGGUAUCUCUCUGGUGACAGCUGGCAGCUCUGCUCUGCCCCUUCCCCAUUGCCCUCUCCUUUUCACAGCUGAACUACCUGGGGCCCCCUUUCAACGAGCCUGACUUCAAUCCUCCUCGGCUGGGGGCAGAAACUCUGCCCAGGGCCACGGUCAACUUGGAAGUGUGGCGAAGCCUCAAUGACAGGCUACGGCUGACCCAGAACUAUGAGGCCUACAGUCACCUCCUGUGUUACUUGCGUGGCCUCAACCGUCAAGCUGCCACAGCUGAACUACGACGUAGUCUGGCCCAUUUCUGUACCAGUCUCCAGGGCCUGCUGGGAAGCAUUGCAGGUGUCAUGGCAACUCUUGGCUACCCAUUACCCCAGCCUCUGCCAGGGACUGAGCCAGCCUGGGCCCCUGGCCCUGCCCACAGCGACUUCCUCCAGAAGAUGGAUGACUUCUGGCUGCUGAAGGAGCUGCAGACCUGGCUAUGGCGUUCAGCCAAAGACUUCAACCGGCUUAAGAAGAAGAUGCAACCUCCAGCAGCUUCAGUCACCCUGCACUUGGAGGCCCAUGGUUUCUGAUCUCUGACCCUUCACCCCCACACCUUCAGCCCCAGUCAACUGUGCUUCCAUUGUGGGGUGAAAAAUCCUCUAUACCAAUAUUUGUUGAGCCAGGAGCCAGACCAUAGUAGCUCUACCCUCCUCGCCUUGGAUGGGGGUGUAACUCAAUAAGCCCUCUAGCUCCUUGAGUCCUAGGGUCUGGGGAAAAGGUACAGUGGGCACCAAGAGGUAAUGCCUGAGGGAGUCGAAUGGCUCAGUGGAUAGAAAGGCCCUCUCUGCCUCCUGCUUUCUGCUUGCCACUUGCCAGUAACCACUCAGUUCCUCAUGUGGCACUUGCAGAAACAUACCUGGAGGGCAUGGGUGGGGGCCACUGUAGCAUGUGCCUUUCUGGGAUAAGGCCCCUUGGCUUCCCUCCCUCUCCUUGGAUGGGUGUUGCUUCCCUACCCCAAUAACUACAUAUCCAGUUCAGGAAACAAAGUGACCAGUCUAAAGAAGAGUGUGAUAGAAGUGGAGGGGUAGGGUCUGUGCUGGAGGUGGCCUAGAAACCAGAAGAUGUAAUUCUAAAAGAGAAGGGCAGGGACAGAACAGACCCAGCAGUCACCAAGACAGUGGUGGCACAGGGCGGAAAACAAAAGCCAUGUUGAGCAUUAAGACCUUGCCUUGAAUUUUCUUGCCAGCAUCUUGGUACCUCCUCUCUGCCCCCUUUCCCAAGGUAUCUGUGGUUGCCUGGGCUGGGGAGGGCAGCCAUAGCCAUAGCCACAGGGUUUCCUGAAAGUUUACAUUGCAGUAGCAUUGUGGGGUAAGGGGGAUGGCUCCCCAGGCUCUAUCCCCAGCCCCACCCACUCAUGACUCUUAAGUUUGUUGUAUUAAUAUUUAUUUAUUUGGAGAUGUUAUUUAUUAGAUGAUAUUUAUUGCAGAAUUUCUAUUCUUGUAUUAACAAAUAAAAUGCUUGCCCCAGAA